AUGAAUGAACUAUUUGAAAAGGCGCAAACAGUCUUCUGCCGUGUUGGAUGUCCCAAAAAUUGUUCUUCCUGUCUUCUUUCUAUUGUUUUCCAAUACUUGAACGUGAAUAAUAUUUAUACAUAUGAGAAAAUCGAUUACAAUUUGGAAUUAAUGAUAGAGUAUGUGUAUGGAGGAUCGGAAGACAAGUCUUUGGAAGAAACAGGUGCCGAUGCUCACUUCGCCAAAUACAUGGAUCGGUGUUGGGAGCGAUAUGUUCAAUGGAUCUGGGAGCAGAAAGACAUCUUUCAACUGAACGUCGACCAAGUGAUCGUUCUUUUAAAAGCAAAUGGCAACAAAGGAAGGUACCUAACAGCAAUAGCCGAUCAAUUAGGCAAAGGGCCAGCCUUCAAAGUAGACGGGGGAUACAUCAAUCCAGAUGACAUAAAAUUUUGCGAGCAUAGAUGCUUGCUCAUUAUUAUCCUGAAAACAGCCACACAGAUGUUCGAUUUAAAAUUUACAUUUUACCAUUUGUAUCUCCUAAAGUUGGUUUGCCUCUUCAAGUUAGACGAGACAGCAAGCGGAGCGUGUAUCGCUCAUCCAGAAGCAACGAUAUUAGCUAAAGAAUAUUCGAUCUUAUUAAAGGAAAUAUGCGAAGAGGAAGAGCAAAUGCUAAUUGUUGUAGACGUUUUGAAUUUGGUAAAUUCCCUUGAUAAGCAACUGACAAUCAGAAAUAAAAGCAGUAAAACAGUGGAAAGACAUAUUGAGGCUUUAUUGGAGGAAAAUCGAGGAAAGAUCAGUUUUCAACCUCCACGCCCACUCGGAAACGAAGGUAUUCCUUAUCGCUUCAUGAAUGAAGGCUUCGCUCGAUGUCUGUUGAAAACAAGGAAGUACCUCUGGGAACACUUUACUAUGCAUGAUUCUGGAAGCUUGUUUCAAGCCAAUAUAAUCAAAGUGAUGCUGUUUAUUCGCGCAAUGAGUGAUAUUCCAGAAUCGUCGCCCUACGAUGACGAAAUCGCCUCAAAAUUGAAGUAUAUGAUUCAAAAUAUAAAAGACACUGCCUAUCGAAUGGGAUUACAUGAGGGAAACCCAAUAGUACAAACCCAGAUGUUGUUGUUGAUGGAUCCAGCCUUAGUUAUGCCCAUUUGCAUGCUAUUACAAUGCAUUAAAAGAGUUGCUACAGACUGGGAUAUUGGUUGGAAAGAGUAUGAAAAGGUGAAGAGAUAA